UUCACACAACUCUUAAAUCCUCUGCACACAAUGCAAGGAUUAGGUCUUCUGCUGUAAGACAUAGAAGAAUUCUAACAAUGAAGAUAACUCGUACAGUCUUUGUGCUCCUCAUCCAAACAUUACACUGUUUGGCUUCUGAUGAUUCAUUGUUCCACCUAACUAACAAGGCCACUGGUUUUUGUUUGGUUAAAUAUUACAACCACUGCUUUGACAUAUUACGCUGGACAACUGGUGACCGAAUUAUAGUUCAAUAUGAAAAUAAGUGCCUGGGAGUCCAGGGGAAAAGUGUGGGAAGUGAAGUAAGCCUCUACAAUUGUGAUGAAAACAGCGAACUCCAAAAGUGGGAAUGCAAGAAUAACACAGUGCUCGCCCUCAAAGGCCGAGAGCUUUACAUUGAGCUCACUGCAGAUGGAACAGCAGUUCUCUCCAAAACAAUUGGACCCAAUAACCACCUCACAAUCUCAGGGACGUCCAGUGGUGCUUGCACAAGAACAUACAGAGAACUUUACACCAUUGGAGGAAAUGCAAAUGGUAGGACCUGCAUGUUUCCCUUCCAGUACAAAGACCGGUGGUACACAGACUGCACAACGCAAGACAAAAACCGUCUUUGGUGUGCGGUUGAAACUAAAUAUGAACACGAACUCUGGGGAUACUGCCCGACUAAUUCCAAAGAGCACUGGAAAAAACACAUUGCAACAGGAGCGUUUUACCAGCUCAACACGCACUCCGCUCUGACCUGGCCCCAGGCUGAAGCCAGCUGCAAACAGCAGGGGGCCUCCCUGCUGAGUAUCACUGAUCCUCACGAGCAGGCUUAUGUCACAGCACUACUAAGUACAGAGGGCAGGGGACAGGGGUACAAGCUUUGGACUGGGCUGAUCCGGGAUCCAGACCAUGGCUGGCAGUGGUCUAAUGGGCGGCCAUACCGUUAUCUGAAUUGGGACUCAGGACAUCCACUUUCUAGUCCAGGACACAACUGUGCAAUAGUUGAUGGUGCUGUACAGUACUCCUGGCAAAGUUCAACAUGCACCAAGAAACUGGGGUACAUCUGCUACAGUGAAGGAGCUGUGGCCCCUCCUACUGAAGUUGAGACAGGAUUUUGCUCAAACCCCUGGAUCCCCUACAAUGGCCACUGCUUCCACCUUCAGCGUUCUCCUCAAACAUGGUCUGGUGCUCAGAGAGAGUGCCGCAAAGAAGGAGGAGACCUAGUCAGCAUCCGCAAUGUGGAGGACCAAAGCUUUGUCAUCUCUCAACUUGGAUACGCAUCUACAGAUGAGCUUUGGAUUGGACUGAAUGACAUAAGGACGGAGAGGCUGUUUGACUGGAGUGACCACUCUACUGUCAGUUUCACCAGCUGGGAGUAUGGGGAACCUGAUAUUUCCACUGAUUCAGAGGACUGUGUUCUAAUCAGGGGAGAGAAAGGGAACUGGGCGGAUCGCUCGUGUGAUGAGAAACAUGCCUUUAUCUGUAUGAAGCAGAGUGCCACUGAACCCACGGGAGAUGAAGUAGAAGUGGAUAUAGGCUGCAAAGUUGGUUGGAAAAGGCAUGGCUCCUACUGCUACUUUGUCGGAACAGAGACAAAGACGUUUGAUGAAGCUAAAGACGACUGCAAGAGCUCAGACUCCUACUUAGCAGAUGUUUCCAGUGGGGUGGAUAAUGCAUUCCUUGUCAGCUUGGUGGGGUUGAGACCAGAGAAAUACUUCUGGCUGGGCCUCUCAAACCAGAAAAACAUUGAUGAAUUUGUGUGGACCAACACAGACUCAGUGAGAUUUACUCACUGGAACGCUGAAAUGCCAGGUUACCAACAGGGCUGUGUUGCCAUGACAACUGGGGUUUUAGCUGGCCUCUGGGAUGUGCUGCCCUGCACCAAUAAGGAGAAAUACAUCUGCAAACACCUGGCAGAGGGGGCGGUUUUGACUGUUGCACCACCAACUCAAACCCCUCCCCAGUGUGAGGACGGCUGGACUCGAGUGGGAACAAGAAACGUCUGCACUAAGUUGUUUUCUUCAAACAAGAGGACGUGGUAUGAGGCCAGAGAUUACUGCAGGGCCAUUGGAGGAGACCUGCUCAGCAUCCACAGCGAUGCUGAGCUACUAGUGAUGCCAAAACGCCAUGAAACAGUCUGGAUUGGACUUAGUGCCCCUGACCCAGUCACCGGUUAUGUAUGGAGUGAUGGAUCACCAGUAAAUUUUCAACACUGGGAGGAUGGAGAGCCAAACAAUAAAAACAAUGUGGAAUCUUGUGCUGAAUUCAAAAUGUAUAAGCGUAGUUGGAGUGGGUCUUGGAAUGAUGUGCACUGUGAGACGUACCAUGAAUGGCUGUGCCAGAUCCGUGCAGGAGUGACUCCAAAGCCGCCUCCAGACCCUGUCACUCCUGACUUCAAUAAGACGUCAGAUGGGUGGCUGGAAUGGAAUGGGAAUCAGUAUUAUAUUAACAACAUAUCGCAGGCCAUGGAAGAAGCUCGUCACUUCUGCAAACAGAGGCAUAGUGACUUGGUAACUAUCAACAGUGAAGCUGAAAGUAUCUUUCUGUGGAAACAGAUAUCCCGCAGAUUUGAGUCUUACUGGAUUGGCCUGACAGUAGACCUUGAUGGAACAUUUGAGUGGAUGGAUGGUUCUCAAGUGGUGUUUGAAAGGUGGAGUGAAGGUCAGCCUGAUUUCAAGAAUUAUGAUGAAAAUUGUGCUGCCAUGGAGCAUUCUACUGGGUUCUGGCAUGAUUAUAAUUGUGGGCAUGAGUACAAGUCCAUUUGUAAACGCAGUGCCUCCCCACCUGCCAACGCAACUGUGGCACCCACAAUGGCCCCUAAAGGUGGUUGCCCACCCCUCUGGAAAAAAUUCAACUCAAAGUGUUACAGCAUCAUUAACGACCAAAAAUUAACAUGGGAUGGAGGGAGGAAACAAUGCCAAGCUAUGGGUGGAAACUUGGCCUCUAUUCCCACAAGACAUGUGCAAGUGUUUUUGAUGAGUCAAAUGGCUGCCACACCAACUUCAGACCUUUGGAUUGGUUUUCGCACUGUAGAUCGUGGUGAAUUUUAUUGGACUGAUGGACGACCGAGGCAAUAUCUCAACUUGCUUACUACAGGACGCCUGUCUGUUGAUCCACUGAUUUAUAGACACUUUUUGUAUCAUAGAUCUAGGAAAGCAAAGAUUUACAGAGAUUUAUGGAGAUAUUGGAUAAUGCGUGAAAAAUCGAAGAAUAUUUGUGUUGUGAUCAAUACCCAGUCUUCCCUUGCUAUUGGGAAAUGGAUAAAGAAGUCCUGCAAUGACACCAAUGGAUUUGUCUGUCUUCGAAAUGUUGACCCUUCUUUCCCGGACUCCUCUGAACCAACAACUUCUAUCGACUAUGUCAACAUUUGGAAUGACUCAAUCAAGGCUGUUACUCAACAAAUGACCUGGGAUGCAGCCAACAAGCACUGUGAAGAUGAUGGCGCCAACCUCCCUAGCCUGCGAAAUGAGUGGUCACAGGCCUAUGUUGAGCUGCUGGCUUUGAAUCUAAAAUCUCCUAUUUGGAUUGGACUAAACAAAGUUCUGACCAAUGGGUAUUUCAGAUUUAUUGAUGGCUGGCACCUGAGCUUUUCUCACUGGGGUGAAAAUGAACCAAGCGGGGACAGACCUUGUGUGUACGUGGAUGUGGAUGGAAAAUGGAAAACAGCUGUCUGCAACCAGACCAUGAACAGUGUUUGUAUGAAGUCUACAGAUGUGCCACCAACCGGGUCAAGUUUUUUUCCAGGCGUUUGCCCUGAUGACCCAGAUCCUCUGGGCAGAGGGCAGAAUUACAUCUGGCUACCAUUUAAGGGUUACUGUUACAUAUUUUUCACAGAAGAGGAAGAGUGGGCAGAUGCAUCUGCUAGCUGUGUUAGACAUGGUGGAUUACUAGCCAGCAUUGAAGAUCCCUCUGAGCAAGACUUCAUUCAAAGCAAUGCAAGAAUAUUUCAAGACAGCCACACCUCUUUCUGGAUUGGCCUGUAUAAAACUCACAAAGGGGAGUGGUUGUGGUUGGACAAAACAGUCAUGGACUACACUAAUUGGGGUGAAGGUCCACCUAAUCGUCACAGCCAUGGAGAUAUAAGUACUUCAGAUGGGAUAUGGAAGGCAACAUAUGGGUGGAAUAAACAACCAUACAUCUGCAAAACGCCCAAAGUAUUACCACCAACGCCAUCCCUACCAUCGCCAGCUGUACUUGAUCCUCGUCACCGUGGCCACACAGCUUUGACAGUUGUUCUGGUCAUUACUGGGAUUGCCAUAGGGGCAGUCGUUGCCUUUUUCCUCUUUGUGAAAUCCGGUCAACGCUUACCCAUCCUUGAAGGGUUAAUCACCUUUGACAACCCACUAUUCUUCAGCAACGAGCGGUUCCAGUCUGAUGUGGUUGACACCAAUAAAUUGGUAGAGAAUGCAGAGGAAGAGAACCCUGAACCUCUUAUAAGGAUGUGAUUAAAAAAAACAUCCCUAAUCGCGGAAUCUAAUGGGUCACAUACUACCUAUAACUAGGCCUCAUGGUUUAUGUCUUUCUCAUUUGCAUGGCCAAUGAUUAGUUUGUUCUUAAAUAGUGGGCGUUCAAUUGAGUUUGCAAUGAGUCACUAAAAUGAAAAGCAGUUUAGACUGCCUUAUUUGGCUGUAGUUAAUUGAAGUUAGUUUUAAAUUAUAUUUCAUCAUGUUCAGCUUUUUUUUUUUUUUU